GCACCUUUGUCAGUUUAAGCACACACAUACACACACAGCGCACACUGCACUUUUCUCAACUCGUUGCACCAGUGGAAGCAUUGGGCAUUCCUCAAGGACCUUUACUUCACGUGACUUGUGUUUUAUUGGAGCUCUGAAAGGGUUUCGACUUAUCCCGUUGGAAACACCAUCAACAAGCAACAAGGUGAGAUGAAAGGGUUUUAACUUGAACUAGCGUGGAGUCCCAGUAUGGUUCUGGGCCGAGCUGCCAACAUGAGUUUGAUGGACAUUUCUAAGAUCUUCUCCCUGCUCCAGCCGAAGGAGGAGGAUGAGGACGGCGAGCAGAGUCAGGCUCUGAACAACGCCGUGAGCAGCGACGAUGUAGCUCUGCUCUCAGAGCUUCUGUCUCAGGAGGAUUACAGAAAGUCUAUCAAUGCUCGAAGUGGGUGGGGGGUCCCCGUAACUCCCUUGCGCACUGCUGCUGCAUUGGGACAUCUGAGGUGCCUGGAGCUGCUACUGGGGCACGGAGCAGAGGUUGACAGCUUGGACGUGAAGGCCCAGACGCCUCUGUUCACAGCUGUCAGUGGGAAACAUCUGGACUGUGUAGUUUCACUGCUGAAUGCUGGAGCAGAUCCCAAUGGCAGCCAGUACAACAACUGCUCCCCGGUGCUGACCGCUGCCCGAGAGGGUGACGUCGACAUACUCAGAGAGCUGCUUCGGUUUGGAGCUGAGGUAGAUGUGAAGCCCAAAGUCCCCGAAUGGGCCUCCAACGCCACAGCGUGCAGAGGGCCCCUCUACAUCUCAGCUGUGUAUGGACACUUGGACUGCUUUAAACUGCUCCUUCUUCACGGUGCAAAUUCCAACUACAACUGCACGGAUGAGAAAAUGUUGGCCAGGAUCAAACAGCCGAAGACAGUUUUGGAGGUGUGUCUCCGCUACGGCUGUGGGGUGGAGUACAUUCAGCUUCUUAUAGACUUUGGAGCAGACGUCUAUCUGCCGACACUCAUCAUUGACAAAACCACUAAGCAGAACGAAGCUCUGCUUCUUCUCCUCAAGGAGAGAGUUUGCCCCAAAUCUCUGAUGUCACAGGCUCGACUGGCAAUCAGAGGAUACCUCCCUUUUGCUAACAAGGAGCCUGCAAUUGACAGCUUGGACAUUCCUCUGAUCCUGAGAAAUUACUUGAAACAUGAAACCUCAGACGCCAUGUGAUGCUUUUCUUCUUUUUUAAAAUUUUUCUUUCUUUUAUACAUUUUUAAAAUUUUUACCAGAACAAGCUAAAGGACUGUUUUACAUCCGAAUUGUUUGUAGCUGUGAAGUCAGAUGAUUUUCUUUCAUGUCUAUGAAGCUUUUAGAAGCAAAAGGAGGGCUCCAUGUUGGAAAAUCCACUGUAUCUUUGGGAAGUGUAACAACAUCAGUGGCCACUAGAGACCACAGUAACACCAUACGUUGUGGAUAUCAAAAUCUGAGGCUCCUCACAGGCACUAUUGUUAUUCUGAUAUUACCUCACUAAAUCCACUUUGGCUCACUCCUUCACUCGGGUAACAUUACACAGACACAUGUAGUCACCUUACUUAUUUAGACAUCCAGACACACACACACACACACACACACACACACACUGUCUGCACCACAACAGGAUGUCUUAGAUCUUGCCUGAAAAACAUUCUUGUGUCUUUGGACUUCAAAACACCAGGAAGCAGAAUGAAAAGCCUCCACUUCAGCGCCUCCAGCUGGGAGAAUAUGUUUCCAUAACGCUCAUUACUUAUUGAUUAGAGCAUAAUUAUUUUCAGGAUUCAAUUUUAGUGUUUAGAAGUUUGUUGAUUUAAAAAAAAAGUUUUCUUUUG